AUGGAAGAUACUAUGAUGGAGGUGAGGGAAGAUUUCAUGCUUUCACCAGCUGGUGAUAGUCACCCACAACUCAGAACAGCUCAUUUUCUCAAACCCAUUUCAAACUCCAUUGAAGAACAACCACCUUUUAAGUUUAACCCUUCUUCUUUUCUCAACCCAAAUGAUAAUCCUUUGAAAAUCAACUUCAGAGGAUGGCACAUCACACAAACGAAAUGGGUUUCUUGGGUUCAUAAACUUAAACAAAACUAUGAAUCUGUGUGGAAGAAAGUUGGAAUCUUUGAUGCUAUUAUGGCCACUAAGUGCUACUUAAAUAAAAAUCAAAACUUGCUAGUUGGGGUAGUUGAGAAAUGGUGUCCUAAUACAAAUACCUUUGUGUUUUCCUUUGGUGAAGCAACAAUCACUUUGGAGGAUAUCAUGGUUCUAGGGGGUUAUCCUGUUCUUGGUGAUCCUGUUUUCACUUCACUUCAUGACCAAGAAAUGAAAGAGAUUGAAGAAAAGCUCAUCAUUGCAAGACAACAACUUACUAAUGCGAAACAUGGAGGUGUGGCUAGCACAUCAUACUGGAUGGAUAUUUUCAUUGAUAAAGGUAGUGAAAUUGAACAUGAAGCAUUUCUUGCUACUUGGUUGUCACUUUUUGUUUUUCCUCAUAAAAACUAUUUGGUGAAAAGUUCUUUGUUUCCUAUUGCUGUAUAUCUUGCUAGAGGAAAUCGUAUUGCUUUAGCACCUGCUGUUUUAGCUAGUCUAUAUAAGGAUUUAACUUUGUUUAAGAAAACAAUCACUGAUUUGUCAAAAUGUCAUGUUGGUGGUGAUAGAUUUCCCUUGGAGAUUACUCUUAAAUCACCCUUUUAUUUGGUUCAAAUUUGGGUGUGGGAGAGGUUCAAAAAUUUGCAACCACAGCCACAAACCAUGUUGACCAACCAUGGGGAUCCUUUAUUGUUUAGAUGGCAUAAGGUUCAGGCCUUGAAAAUUGACAAUGUUAGGUUGGCAUUAGACUCGGCUAUGGAUGAUUUUCUUUGGCGUCCAUAUGCUAGAUAUGCUCAUAAUUAUGGAAUGUUUUAUCCAAAUGAUGGAAUUUGGGUGUUGUUUGAGAAAGAUUCAGAUAAAGAAAUACUUUCAUUUGUUACAUGUUUGAGAGUUUCUGAGCUCAUUGGAUUUGAGUCUAUAGAGCAAUAUCUCCCACAUAGAGUCUCUUUGCAAUUCGGAAUGGAUCAAGAUGUUCCAAGUUAUGUGCCGAGGUUAAAUGAUACUAAAGACAUUGCUUGGCAAAACUAUUGCAGACCCGUCCAUGAUAAACGUUUGUAUUUUCCACCGAGGCUUUUCGAGGCUGAUGUUACCGUACGUUAUGCAAAGUGGUGGAAGCACUCGGUAUUGGGUUGCAAUGAUUUUGUUAAGAAAGUUGUGCGUCGAAAGAGAAGUGCAAGUUCAAGAAAACAAAGACAUUGUGUAGGAAAAGCUAACAGAAGUGGUAAUGAUGUUGGUUUUCCACUUGGAUUUCCUUUCAAUGCUGUUGAAAAAACUAGGAAGGUUGAUGAUUUUUAUGCUGAUGUUCCUUGUGUAGAUUUUGUUGCUGAUGUUGAAGUUUGUAAACCUGUGUUGAAAGAGUGUAAACGUGGUCGUAAAGUCAAUGAAUCUAAUCAUUUAUUGAACGAAUGUUGUUCAACCCCUUCGGCAGAUUAUGAAAAGAUAAUACCAGUGAAAGGGCCAGUUUCAAAAGAAAACAUUGAAGUUUCAAUAGGGGUUUUGGAAGAUGGGUUUAAAGAUGCAAAUGAGAGCAAAAAAGAAAGGAUUUGUAGUGACCGAGUGUGCUUAUCUGAGACUCAAGGUGAAAGCAGAAGCAAUGGUAUCAGAAACAAAGUCUCUUUGCCUAAUUCUGAACUUGGUGAUUUUAUAUCAUCAAAUGUGGAUCGUCAAAUAGCUGGAUGUGGGGAUGAAGAUGAAAUCAAGAAUCCAUUUUGUGAUGGAAAUGAUGUCCAUGACAUCAGUGGGGAAGGUGUUGAUCCUUUUAGAGUAUACAUAGAAUUUGAUCUUGAAAACAGGAUUGAGAAGUUUGAUAAAGUGUUGUCUAAGCUUAAAGAAGCAAGAUUUGGCCAAAAGGUUGAAAUUGUUUGA